AUGACUGGGCAAAACCACUGCAUGACAACAGAAUUUAUCCUAGUAGGAUUUACGGAUCAACCAGAGUUGAAGACCCUUCUGUUUGUGAUGUUCUUUGCCAUGUAUCUGAUCACUAUGGUGGGGAAUCUUGGUUUGGUUGCCUUGAUUUACCUGGAGCAUCGUCUUCACACACCAAUGUACAUCUUUCUGGGUAACCUGGCUUUGAUGGAUUCCUCCUGUUCUUGUGCUAUUACCCCCAAGAUGUUACAGAACUUCCUUUCCAAAGACAAAACAAUUUCCCUCUAUGAAUGCAUGGCACAAUUUUAUUUCCUCUGUUUUGCUGAAACUACAGACUGCUUUCUUCUGGCAGCAAUGGCCUAUGACCGAUAUGUGGCAAUAUGCAGCCCACUGCAGUACCACACCAGGAUGUCAAAGAAACUCUGCAUUCAGAUGACCACGGGAGCCUACAUAGCUGGAAACUUGCAUUCCAUCCUUCAAGUAGGGUUUCUCUUUAGAUUAACUUUCUGCAGAUCUCAUGAAAUCAAUCACUUUUUUUGUGAUAUUCUUCCCUUAUAUAGGCUCUCCUGUGUGGACCCUUUUAUUAAUGAAUUGAUGGUCCUUAUCUUUUCAGGGUACAUUCAGAUCUUCACUAUUACCACAGUCCUAAUCUCUUAUCUCUACAUCCUUCUCACUAUUUUCAAAAUGAAAUCCAAAGAGGGAAGUGGCAAAGCCUUAUCGACUUGUGCAUCCCAUUUUCUCUCUGUCUCAGUAUUCUAUGGGUCUCUUCUCUUCACAUAUAUUCGACCAAAUACAGUUAAAGGAGAAAUGAAUGAUAUGUCCAUUGCUAUAUUUUAUACUCUAGUAAUUCCUUUAUUAAAUCCUUUUAUUUAUACUCUAAGAAAUAAAGAAAUAAUAAAUGUUAUGAAAAAAGUAAUGAAGUGGAGA